GAUAGGGUAUAACACAUCCACCCCUCAUUGCUGCCCACAUACCUACCUACGUGUAGGCACGUUAUGAUUUCAUCGAUCCCAUCCCCCUCAACACACACCCGCUCGCCCAUCCUCAGCCAGACACGCAAACGCAUCUUAGAACCGGCCGCCACGCUCGCUUCCUCCCUCCGAUACCGCGAUGGCGUUUCCCUCUCGCGCUCUUCCCAACCACCUACGACAAGGCUCUACUUCAACCAACCCAACAGCUCAACCCGUCGGACAAUCGCCAGCACUCCUCGCCCGGGUCAACGAGAAGAGGGCAGAGCUCGAGAAUUUGCAAGAGCUGCGGGACCUCAGCGCAGCCGUGGCCAGCCAGAUGGAGGCGCUAGAGCAGAAACUUGCCACGUUAUCCGAUGGGACUGAAGCAAUCGCGACGGUGUUAGGAAACUGGCACAACGUGUUACGGGCCAUCAACAUGGCGUCGGGUAGGUUGGCAGCUUCGUGCAGCUCGUCCGGUGAGUCGAGUGGGUUGGUGCUGACUCGUCUCACAGCCAAGAUACCGAGCCCGCGGAAUGCCGAAGAGGCCGAGUCGAAAGCCCAGGAGGAUAGGCUUCCCCUGCCGCAGACACUGGUCCGGAUACCCACGGAGCAUGCGCCAGCGUUGCAGGCGCAAACCGAGGGAGCUAUGGAGAGCGACCAGAACAACUCGCUAGUCUCCUGAGUGCGCGACCGGAGAAAGGUUCUAACCGCAGGUAACAAUGGAAUUCCGGAGAUUCACUUCUCGUCGGUCUCUCAUUCUCCGACAUGCGAUUUCAAGCUGGCGCUCGCCCUCCGCUUACGAGCAUCCAUCGCGGCCACCAAAGCUCCGUGAAAUGCUUGCCUAUCUAUAAAGAGCAACCUGGUCCCGGUGGCAGUUUACGGUCAUAUCUUUGGUGUGCAUCCCUACCUACCUCCUAACACCUACACGCGCGCACAUAAAUAGUCGUUGUGCCGGAUAAAGUGCGGAUUACAGCGUGAUCCUGAG